AUGCCGCAGCUAACACUUCCCGGUGAAAAACCGCAUGCCUUUCAGAACGAGGAAGAUAUUCAACCCAUCGCAACCCCGAUUCCCAUCAGCAGUGGUACACCCCGCCCAUGGGUUAUACAUCAAGGAGCUACACCCGGCGGCAGCGGAGAGAAAGUCACGUUGCGGUCCGUCUCCGAAAUACCUCAGAAAUACCAGUGUGUCUUCAGUGAGUUUGCCUACUUCAACAUCGUUCAGUCGAAAGUCCUUGACAGUGUCCUGUAUACUGACCAACCCUUGGUUCUCUGCGCACCCACUGGAUCAGGGAAGACGGUUGUAUUUGAGCUUGCCAUUGUGCGCUUGUUGCUGCGCAUGGAAGCAAGUGGUCCCAUUACCAACGGCAAGGUGGUCUACAUGGCCCCCGUCAAAGCACUCUGCAGUGAACGAUGCGCCGACUGGAGCGCCAAGUUUGGUCCUCUGGGCUUGCAGUGUACCGAGCUCACCGGGGACACACUCACCGACGAGUACUACGCACUACAGUCUGCCCACGUCGUGCUUACCACGCCCGAGAAAUGGGACAGCAUGACCAGACGAUGGAAAGACAACAGGUCGUUAGUGAAACUCGUAAGGCUGUUCCUCGUUGAUGAGGUGCAUCUUCUUAAUGACGCAAGCCGAGGCGCCACCAUGGAGGCCGUUGUUACAAGGAUGAAGACAGUGCGUAGCGCCAUCUACAGGGAAUCAGAGUCGCAAACGUCUUCAGCAGCUGGAUUGAGAUUCAUCGCUGUUUCGGCAACGAUUCCAAACGCAGAGGAUAUCGCAGAAUGGCUUGGAUCAGACGACAGCACAGCAAUCAGUUACAAGAUGGGCGAGGAGGUGCGGCCCGUGAAGCUCACGAAACACGUGCUGGGCUUCCCCUGCAUCGAGUCGUGGUCGGAGUUCAGGUUCGAUCUGUCUCUCAACUACAAGCUGCUGCGAAUCAUCCAGAAGUACUCCGAUGGAAAGCCGACGCUGGUGCAGGUGGAGAGAAAGCUACAGGACAUCUGCAUGUCGGUGUUGCGCUCGCUGGCCGACUGUCGUCUCGUCGACAUGGAUGACGACGCCUUCGCUCUGAAGUCGACAGAGUCGGGAAGGCUGAUGGCCCGGUAUUACGUUGCAUUCGAGACAAUGGCGAGUUUCCAUGGCUUCACCGGUAGAUUCGGCCUAGAGGACUUGGUGAGGGCGGUCGCUGGAUGUCAGGAGUUCCGGGACAUACAGCUACGUGCGAACGAAAAGAGAGCACUGAACAACCUCAACCAGCACAAGACGGAUCUGUGUAUCAGGUGCGUGAUCUGUGUGUAUCAGUCUAUACGGGGUAUCACUCAGCAGUGUGAGGACGAUCACUGCUGUUGCCUGGCAGGUAUGGUUGAGUUCCUUCUCACUCAGCCGUGUGACGACCCUGAUUGCUGUUGUCUUGCAGGUAUGGUUGAGUUCCUUCUCACUCAGCCGUGUGAGGACGCGCUGCACACUUUCUACUGUGCCGUACUGCUCGACAAAUCUCUGCGAGCCAAGCUGUGGGAGAACUCGAAGCACGUAGCCAGACAGCUAGAGAAGAUAGGACCUACGCUCAGCAAUCAUCUGGUCAAUGCAGGAAUCACGAGCUUCGAAAAAAUAUCGGCAACGAAUCCCCGAGAACUGGAGAUGGUGGUGAACAGGCAUCCGCCGUUUGGUAGCAUCGUCAAGGAAGCCGUUUCUCUUCUACCAAAAUACGAACUCAGCGUUGACCAGGUAUUAUCACAGAAUUCUGGGAUACCAAUUUUGCAAAUAUACCUUUGUGACUCUGAAAUCAAGAACAUUUCGGAGCCACAAAGAUACAAACUGGAAACAUGGUAA